UAUAUCAAAUUUUAUAAAAGUGUAAUCAAGAAUACAUGUACAAAUAGACAUGGCUAACAUUAUAAAUAUUAUAAUUUUGUUAUCGGUAGCCAUAUCAAUUGUUAUUGGACAUUUUGGAUACAAAAAACGUGAUCAACACACGUGGGUUAAAACGUAUAAGUUGUGUGGUGGAAAGUUACAAUCCCCAGUGUCUAUAUCAUCAUCAAAAUCAAUUGAUAUUCCUUUACCUGCACUCGAAAUAAUUGGAUAUCACGAUUAUCUUCCACGUCCAUUGUAUCUGAAAAAUACAGGUCAUUCAGUUGCAAUGUAUAUUAACAAUCAUUCACGAAAGAAAUUGCCUUACAUAUUUGGAGCUGUGCUUAAUGAAAAUGCAGAAUAUGAAAUAGAUCAUUUACACUUUCAUUGGGGUGCAAAAAAUAAUAGAGGAUCUGAGCAUAUUUUAAAUGGUGUCAGGUAUCCUAUGGAAAUGCAUAUAGUUCACAGAAAUAAAGCAUAUUUAAAUUUUUCUAAUGCAGUGAAUUAUGAAGAUGGACUAGUGGUUUUAGGAAUCUUUUUUCAAUUACAGGAACAGAAUAACAAAUUGUUAUAUCCAAUUAUAAAUGAAUUAACAAGUGUACAGUGGCUAAAUGAAGAAGUAAAAUUAAGCACAUCUGUUACAUUAUCAUCGUUGUUACCUAAUAACAUAGAUGUAUUUUAUACUUACAAAGGUUCUUUAACUACGCCUCCAUGUAAUGAAGUAGUAACAUGGAUAAUUUUUCCAACACCAGUACCAAUAUCAUUUGGUCAGUUGAACCAGUUUAGAUCACUUUCUAAUGGAGAAGAUACUCUAGCUGAUAAUUUUAGAAGAUUGCAAGAUAUAGGACUAAGAAAAGUGUAUGUUAGGAGAUUAAAUUCAUUCUUAUUUACAAAAUAUAAUGGCACAGUUUUCAAUAUCACAAAUUUAGAUUGGUUUUUCCAUUAAAUAUAUUCUCGAGAAAUUUAAAUACGUGUAUCUAUGUAAUGUCGGUGAAUACACGAACAAAACAGAUAAUAGCACCAGAGCGCUGUAAUAAAAAGCUCUUAAUAUUCUGCUAUUAUUCAAAUAAAACAAAAAAAAAAACAAAUAUGUGCGUAGUCAUCACUUGCAUUAGAAGUAAAACUUGUAGUAAUUAUGGAUAGAAAUAUGAAAUUUCAAAAAUUGAGCGUACGGUAAUUUGAAGAUUUGAAAAUUUCAUAAUUGUUUUUUUUAAA